AUGGAUCCGGACCGCAUCACGAUUCCAUGGGAUAUCUUCCCAAACAUCACGGAACUGGAUUCUCGAGUACAUCUAGAUGAUCAGCUACAACCGGAAAGAAUCAAGGAGCAUAUACCAAGAACCUCAGAGUUGGGCGUUGAUCCGAAGCAACAAAGAAACUUGGAGGAUUGGGAGCGGUUCCGUACUGCCCGUAAACAGAAAAAUGACUCUGGACAUGAAACAUCCAAAAUUAACUCGCUCGGGAGAUCUCCCUUUUCCUAUGAUGGAACCAAGCACGAGCUCGGUAGGUCUGGCGAAACUACCAAUAAGAGUUUCUCGCCUCCUCCUAUUUGGCCAAGUAGAAGGAAACAUGAGCCUUCUAUACACGGCCAGAAAUCAUCAGAUUCUAUCGCUACGGCAGGAUCAGUACGAGCGAAGAGACUGGUAGUCAAACUCAGAUAUGGCAGACGCAAUAGGCGAAGAGUGGAUGCCCUCCUCAAAUUACCUGGCAAGCGAAAUAUCUCCGAAGGUGUACAUGCGCUACCUCAAACCCCAACAGCACCAUCUCAUGGCGAUUACUUCUUAUGGGAACAGCGCGACCAGGAGUUAAAAAACAAUCUCAAUGACGGGGUUCGAAAAUCCAUCGAAGCUUUUAGUAAGACCAACGAUAGGAUAUCCCCAGGUGAAAGCUCUAAUGAGGUUAUGAUGCGUUAUGAGAGCAAUGCUAAGGAGCUUGAGAUAGCUUCUCGUGCAGCCACUGAUGCAUCACACAGGAGUUUCACAAGUGAAGAAGAUUUUGAUGCAGCAACUGAUAUAUCACGCAGCAGCAGCAGCUCGAGAAAAGAAGAUUAUCCUACCCGUACCCCCGUUAAGUCCCAUGAUGAUCAACGGCAUUCCAUCGUCAAAUGCCUGUGUAAUUGCCAAGACAAUGCGGACGAUAUGGUUAUGUGCGAAAAAUGCUUUACCUGGCAACACACUGAGUGCUACUACCGUGGAAGAAAUGAGCUGGCCGAAAGGCAAGUGGAGAAGAAGCUUCACUGGCAUCCCAAUGGCCCAAUACGAAUGGCACCGAAGCAAGAGCGGCACUUUUGUAUUGAGUGUGCCAGUAGUGAUGAUCCACGACAAAUUUAUCCUGAUCGUUACAACAUGGACACUCAAGGCCUUCGUUUUCCUCCUAGUCCUAUCGCUCAUUCGAUGCCUAGUACCAGUCUAGUUGAUAGCCAUGUUCCUGAUCAUGACAAUUCUCCUCGUUCGGAAUUUGGUACCAAUUUGAUUGAUACCCAUGUUCCUGAUCAUGACAAUUCUCCUCGUUCAGAAUUUGAUAUCAAUUUGAUUGAUAGCUAUGUUUCUCGUCGUGGCAAUUCGCUUGAUCGUUAUGUUCCUGAUUGUGACAUUGCUCAUUCGGUAUUUGAUACCAGUUGGCUUGAUAGCUAUUUUCCUGAAACACGUUUGCAAUCCAAGAAGCCGCGUCGGCAUCGUUCUGAGUCAACCCGCCCUCAGUUCCCAGUCGAAAAUUCAAUUCCUCAGGAAACCUUGAAUCAAUUGUGGAAUACCACUUUCAGUCAAGAGUUCUAUCGCGAUCCGUCACAAUCGAUGCAAGCUAUUUCUAACAACUCCCCGGGAGAACUCCCAGUAGCCAAGUUAGCCAUUACACAAAGCGUUGAUCAUCAACGUCUAUUCAUGACUGAAACAUAUACAGAUUCUGGAUACGCUUCAAACUCAGCCAGAGCAUCCAAGUCGUUAGAAGUCCUCGGACAAGUCUCUCAGGCAGAAGGCCUUUCACCGCAUGUUGCUGAUAUCGAAUCACGUUCUGCAUCUAGUCUUGAUGAGAAUAUCCAACGCACGGAACAAGAAGACGACGUAGCAAGCAUCUACUCGGAUGCGUCGACUAUCCCUACGUUCACAAAGGCUCGUUAUAUCGAUGGGCUUGCCGAUGAUCUCGCUCAAGCAAUCCAGCCUUACCAACUCGAUAACGAGAUAAUCCAGCAACUUGUUGAAAAAUUGCCCGAGCUUCUUAAAGCAUUCGCUCUCACCUUUGGCCACCACGAGUCCGGUAUGAUGCAACGUGAUGUUAUGGUUUUUAUUCAUAGGUAUCGAAGACAAAUCGUGAAAACGCUCAAUGAUCAUAUUUUAAUGGAAGAAGCCGGGAAUCAAAAUAGAGACCAAGAGAAUCAGAUGUCACUGAACGAAAAAAUGAAUCUUUGGCAUAACAGCGGGGAAUCUACGCAAGAUGAGAGGUUUGACAAUGCCGAUUAUAACGACAACCUUGAUACCAAGAAUCCCGACGUCAGAGAAACACAAGACGACGAAGAGGAGGAGCAGGAGGAGGAUCAUGAUUCUGAAGCAGACGAAACUGAAUUUCCUGGGCUUGCCGCCUACCGGUCGCUCAUUCGAGGAGCGCCCGCAUAUAAUUGGUUUUUGAACAACAUCCGGAGGGAAUGUGCCCUUGCUCCUCCAGAGCUGAAUCUGAUAGGGGAAAUUCGAAACACAAUCCUGGAUGCGUUGCCCUCGUCGCCGAAAAUCAGUCGACGAAAGCCUGCAGAAACAUUCAAUAUGAGUUUCAUGGUUGAUUGGGAUCCAGUUGCGUUCCUCCGGGAAGAAGAAUAUACAGAGAGCUCUGAGAACGCUAUCGAGGGGGCAAUAAUAUUGACAGGUUCGACUGUAUCGGCGCAAGCUUUGACCUGUGGUGAAUACUUGCGACAAACAUGGCCAUCAACUGGCGAACAAAUCUUGGAUUUGAUCAAGUCGUUGGUAUCUGGCAGAAGCAGGGCCUCAGUUACUUUGCUCAACGGCUCUAGCCUCACUGUAUCAUAUAACCAUUCGGAAAACCCAGAGUCGUCAACCACUGUCUGGGUAGAUGCCCAUGGCACUGCGGCCUGCAUCGCAGAAAUAGGUGAACAAUUCGCAUGGCUCGCAUCUGCCCUUCGUUCAUCACCGUUCCAACAACAGAUAGCGUAUAGCAGGCCAUUCAUUGGUGGAAUCCAAAUUGGCCAUGUGACAUAUGAAGAAACUACAUACAUAUGCAGAAUUGGAGUAAAGCUACAUGAAGGAAGAGGUGACUCUGAAACCACUAAUGGCGAAUGUUGGCAUGGACUGUUUGACAGGCCGGUCGUUGUAGAAGGCUUUCCAAUACCACGAAGAUCAGAAGAAGAAUCCCCGGGCCUUGAGAUUCCAUUGAACAUAAUGGGAGGCCUCACACAGGCUCGCAGAGUUGGUUCAUUUGGAGGUAAGACGCUUCUUAAAGGGUUCGCAACUAUGUUGCUCCCGAUGAAGCGCACGAAAGACAUAGUGACCUGGCACUUGGUCCAGGCGAGGGAUGGAGAGCGCAUCUCUUAUCUUGAGGCUGGCAACUUUCAAUCUGCGGAUAUCCAAAUGCCCGAAUUGGAAAAGUCACGGCACGUCUUAGGCUGGUGCCCAGAAAUGAAAUUAUACGCAGGGGCGGCCGACGCAUAUUACCUCAUCAAAGGUUCGAGACUACACCGACCUUCAGGACAGGGUGGGCUGGGUGAUGCAUCAUUAUCUCUUGGUCACCUCAUCACCGGAGGUACUCCCUUCAGCGAGGGCCGCAAAGAUAUUCGUCUCCGUCGGAACAGUUAUAUUGUAAGAAUGAAGUGGAUCUCGCAAAAGUUUGUGAUUCUAUGGGAUGUAGAAGACAAACGAGGCUGGCUAGUGAAUGGGGCUAGCGCAUUACUUCACCUUGUUCGAGCAUCGCUAGCACAGGACAUAUUCGACAAUAAAUUCGCGGCCUUAUGUCUAUUCUCUACAAAGGAGUUCCAAGAAGCCUCACAAGUGCAUCAAACAGACGCGGCUCUAGAAGUUCUUCUCAACCCGAAUAACCUGAAGGCUAAAAUCUACCCGGAAGAGGAUGACUUUAUUCGAUUCAAGGCCUACGUUGAGGACUUUUCUGAUCUCUUGGAAAAGAUGCUUGACUACCAGUCAAGGGUUGUAAAUGACAAUGUCCCCAGGUCAUUAUUGGAAGGUUGGGACUUCAACGAUCUGGCAACUGGGCGAGAUCCAAUCUAUCCUCGGGAAGCUUUGUUGAGCCAGGAAGCCCUAUCCUGGGUCGACUUCACUCGAUCUAUACAUGCGAUCACGCUGUUUAGUCGGAGCUUUGGUGAAGUCAUUCAACCGGCCAGGGAGUGCUGUUCCGCAUGGGCAAAAGUCCCCCGUGAAAGAUCAUACCUUGCAGCCAGCGCUACCGAUUUAUAUCGAAUAAUGGAGUCAGAUGGAGAUCCGUACUCUGUCCCAAUGAGGCUUACGCAUGAUAUACUGUGGUACACUUCCAAGGAGACGUUUGCACAAUGUCAGUGCAACAGCGCGACGGAUCACGAUACACAUUCUGAUAUUGCCCAAGUACUCCUCCCCUCCAGAUUACAUCGUGAGCUAUCUGGAACUUGCUCACAAUUACCACCCAAAAGAGGUGCCGUCAUAUUUGGCUACAACAACACUCAUAGAUGGUUCUGGGGCGACACCGGGGAUCCAUCAAGAACACCAAACGAGUCUGGUCGUAUGCUAUCGUUCAACAAAGGGGUCCGCGAUUCUCAGUUUUCCGACAGUGGAAUUGGAAAGAGUCUCGGCUCGUCGGCUUCUAUGACAGGUUCAUCAUCCAAUCAACUCGACGAAGAACAUACUGAGUAUACCCAUGCGGUGAACAGUGAAUCGGAGGACCACCAAUCAUCCUCGUCAAACAACAAAAGAAAUUAUCAAUCUGGAAGUAGCACUGGAUCAUCACCGCUUGCCAGUCAUUACAAAGUAGGCAUUGUAUGUGCUCUACAUAUCGAGCUAAUGGCAGUACGAGCGUCAUUUGACAAGACAUACGAGAAAGUCGCCAUUGCCAGUGAAGAUCCCAACUAUUAUGCACUGGGUAGUAUCGAAGGACACAAUGUGGUUGCUGUUUGCCUCCCGCAUGGGGUAUACGGCAUGAAUGCAGCAGCCGAUGUGACUUCUAAUAUGAAACGCAGCUUCCCGGGGCUGAAAUUCUGUCUCCUAGUAGGGAUUGGGGCAGGAGUCCCCUCUCAAAGAAAUGAUAUACGCCUGGGCGAUGUUGUCAUCAGCACACCGAAAGGCGGUUAUUCGGGGGUAUUACCGUAUGACAUGAUCAAGAGUACUGAUUCUGGAGCGUUCGAGCUGAACGGAUAUCUGAGUCCCCCGCCCGCACAUUUGAUGUGCGCCAUCAGCGAGCUGGAGUCGGAUCCGUCACGAUCAUCAACGCCGCUGCAUAAAUAUCUCCAGCAGAUUGAGCAAUGUAGAGAGCAGUACAGACACCCAGGGGUAGUUCACGACCGCCUUUUUGCCUCUCACUAUACUCACAAUGGGGAUCUUAACAAUGUCUCAAACUGCGACCAGUGCGAUUUUGCCUAUGAGAUCAGAAGACCUCCUCGGUCAUCCACUCAUCCCGAGAUUCACUACGGACUCAUCGCAUCCGGAAACCAAGUCAUGAAAUCAGCCAAAAUCCGAGACAAACUGAGCCAGGAGCACAAUGUGCUCUGCUUUGAGAUGGAAGGCGCGGGAAUCAUGAAUAACUUUCCUUGUCUGAUCAUCCGUGGAAUCUGCGACUAUGCUGAUUCACACAAGAAUAAAUGCUGGCAAAACUAUGCGGCUGCCACAGCAGCUGCGUAUGCCAAAUUGCUUCUUUCUCGAUUGAGGACUGCGGAUGGAUUUGAGUUGGGGCCAAGUGAGCUCCCAUCUCGGAAAAGAACUACGACUACUGAAUGGGGCGAAGAUAUGCCGGCGACGAAACGAAGGUAG